CCUCGACUCCCUCUUAACAAGUUCAUUCACCACAACACAUUCAUUGCAUUCUAUUCAGCCUCUGGCCUCCGCCCGGAGGUCAAUCCUGUUCUUUCCACCAAUGUAGCCCUGCUCCGAUUCGCGUUCUCCGCCAACUUUCCACCUGCAACCUCAACUCUGAUCCUGCCGCUCCCCCGCCUCCGCAACCUCAACUGCCAACUCUCCAUCACCUUGACCACCCCCUAUCCCCUUCCCACCCUCACACAAUGCCGACGUCUACUCGAUGGAGGGCAUCGGAAGAGCCUCGAAAACUUCGAACUUCCUCCCCGGAACGUCCUCAACCCCACGAUAUCGAACGCAUCUCCCCCGAACCCGGAUCACAACCCCCUCCCGUAUCAGAACCUCUACUGCAGUCCGAUCGCAGAUUCACCGAAGAUAGUCAGCAGCAGCUCAAAGGACUGGGACUCGGAACCACAGUCUUCUCUGAUCAUUCACGCCCUGCCGUCCAGCCUGAUCAUCUCUACAUCGACUCCAAUGGCUCCGCUCAUAUUGCCGCCAAGGUCCUUGAUCCUAUUUCCACCCGCCCACAAACCUCUCCCUUCAGACUUCCUCCAGAAGAUACAUCUAUAUCGCGAUACCCUCAAAAUCGUUCGAAGACGAGCCACACACGCUCUGGUUCAACCAUAGACGACCUAGCCACUGUGGCAAUUGCGAGUCCCGCCCCCCGACACUCACAUCCUCCUUCUCCCGCUCCUGAUCAAUCCCACCGCGUUCCCGCGCAAAUAUCGGAUCCAAAGAGCCAGAACACACCUUAUCUUGAGUCAUCCAACGGUCCUCCCGCGAAAAGAAUAAAGUCAGAAAAUAUCCCGCCUCCUCCUGAGCGACCAAAUGUCACUAUAGAUGACACGCCCAAUGAGAUUUCCCGCGAAGAGGCAUUCUUACUCCUUGGCUUGAAAUACGAGGUAAACUUCAAGAAAGAAACUCCCAGAUUACCUUCUACCGCGAUUCAUGUCGAUGGUACUGCUCCAUCCCGUGUUUUAGAAGCAUGGGGCCAGCAGCCUACCAUGCCUACGGGGAGGCCGGGACUCGAUACCCAGGACAGCUACAACAAUAUAUCUUAUCACCGAUCUAAACGGCCGCGGACUGCUGAGGAUACUCACCGGGAUAUCUCUGAUCUAUCGGGUAGCAGGAGAGCUUCUUUCUCCGGUCACCAUGACGAUUGGAAGCAGAAUGUCCCCCGCCCGUCAGGGUUCGCUGAACAUCAUUCUAGAUUUCAAGAGGGGGGCUCACAUACAGAUCUGCAGCAGCUUCCAACCAAGAAGCAGCGACGCGUUCAAACAGAAGUAGUCGCAGAUGUUUGUGCGGCUUGUCGGCGGGUGCAGAUAGACAAUCCGCUCAACGACGAAGGCACCACGAAUUGGAUCGAGUGCGACGGUUGCAAGAGAUGGUUCCACGGAGACUGUGUUGGCUUACGAACCAAGGCCGAUGUGGAUAGUGUGGACAAGUAUCGUUGCAGGGACUGUGAACCUGUCCAUGGCAAGACGACCUAUGUUCGCAAGUCCUCGCGCGCAAGAACCGCAAUUGACUACGCACGACUGAACCAAGGGUUGGUCACUUCGGCAGUGGAGAGUUCAACACAUCCUUAUAUCCAACCUUUCAAAGAAGGAAAGAUCAAACUGGUCCCUGAUGACUUUGCUCGCAUUCGACCUGAGCUGGUCACUGCAGACUUACUGGAAAACUUUGAUGGAAUGAAGCGACCAUUUGUCGUGCCUGCUGCCUGGAACCCUCGGUUUGGAGUUCAACUUUCUCCCGAUUCAGACGGUGCGAUGUUGCCAGAUCCAAAUGCGAAACCAGAACUACGACUUGAUAGCAAUGGGCAAUGCGACACAUACGACCCUUCGGGAGCCCCUGAGAUGUCGGCGGAACUUGUCAUGAAUUGUGGCCAAGAUCUCCUCGACAUGGUGAUACCCGAAAACCUGACUGUGCGGAGGGUUGCGGAACUCUAUGGCCUGGACGAACCAGUCCCCGUGAUCGAUGUCAAGUCUCAGGAGACCAAAGGCCACUUUACGUUACAGCAAUGGGCAGAUUAUUACGAACAGCCAGGUGAAAAGCCAAUACGGAAUGUCAUCAGUCUUGAAGUGUCUCAUAGCGCUUUAGGCAAAUUGAUACGACGCCCCAAAGUGGUACGUGAUCUUGAUCUUGAAGAUCAUGUCUGGGACACCGACACCGAAGCGCGAACCAAAAAGAAACCCGUGCAGUUUUACUGCUUGAUGUCAGUCGCCGACAGCUAUACUGAUUUCCACAUUGACUUUGGAGGUUCGUCUGUGUACUAUCACAUCCUCAAAGGCACCAAGACAUUCUUUUUCAUUCCUCCCGAGGACAGGUACCUGAAGAAGUACGAGGAUUGGUGCAAUUCAGACACGCAAGGCGAGACCUGGCUAGGUGAUCUCUGCAACGACCAUUGCAUCAGAGUCGAUCUCCAUGAAGGUGACACCGCCUUCAUUCCUGCAGGGUGGAUCCAUUCUGUGUGGACCCCUGAGGACAGCCUGGUAAUUGGGGGCAACUUUCUCACACGGAUUGAUUACGAAAUGCAACUCAAGGUCGUCAAUGUUGAGAAAAUGACCAAGGUGGCUGCCAAGUUUCGAUAUCCCUACUUUCAAAAGGUUAUGUGGUAUGCGUUGAUCAAGUAUCUGGAAGAGGACCCCGUACCAGAAGAUGUGAUGGAAGACUUUCGCCAAUAUCCCGAUCAUACCUUUCUCCGCGCUAAUCCAGUCUGGCAUGAAUUCGAUGACUUGAUCAACACGGCGGAGCCAGGGGACGAGUAUUAUAAUGCUCGCUUCUAUUCAAAGUCGGAAAUCUCAGGGCUGCCCGCCCUUCGAGAUUAUUUAUAUCGAACUGCUCGGAUAGACGCAGGUCUUCCGGUCGCGGACAUCACCAAGAAACAAAUAGAUGCUGUCAAAGCUUCGGUGCCGAAGGGACAUGGUGACCCUCUUACCCUGAUCAAGAUGUUCGCCAUAUGGUGUGCGUGGAAGAAGGGCAAUGAGACGGUUCCCGAGUGGGUGUACUCAGACGGCGCCCUCGAAGUCGAGAUGGUUGAGAAAGUCAAGAAAGCCGAGACGUUUCGCCUGCCUGGGGAGCGUAGUUCUUCUCGCAAGGCCGCACAAGCUGCCACUCAAACGCGAAACUCUCCUGUGGUCGAAAUCCCGGCUGCACCUCCCAAGUCAAGCACCAAGUCAACCCCUAGAGGGAGUGGGUUACGUGUCGCUUGCGCUACAUGUCGUCAACGGCGGAUCAAAUGCCGACACAAGCCGGGGAGUGAGACCCCAUCAAGAGCAGCACCAGAGAUACGACCCAGAAGUUUUUCAAAUGCUGAGCGAGCGUCAAACGCCUCGGGCAAUUUGAACGGCGCCAACGGCGACAUGUCAUCUCCGGAGACUCGGAACCUUGAACAUAUCCAUGGUUUAGAUACGACGGUACCAAUGUCAGGCGAAGCUGCGAACGGUGUAAUGCAAACAUCCUCUAAGAAAAGCAGAAGCAAAGCCUGUGAAGAAUGCCGAAAAAGCAAGCGUCGAUGCGUUCAUGAUGAGCAUGGCCGAUUGGACCCAGCCAAAGCGGCGGAGCCUUCGCGGCCUAGAGGGUCGACCAACAGUAAACGUCCGGGUCGUCUCAGUGAUGAAACAGUGCAGUCUCGUAAUGAAGACGACAGCAUGGGAGAUCUCGAUGAUUCUGAGAUGCACAAUGAGACCCAUCGACGGGCUGCUAGCGAAGCGAUCGAAGAUGAGCCUUCACCGCCAUGCUACAACGGCGCAUCCAGAGAGGGAACCAAAUUUUCUGAGUCAGGGGCAGCGGCCAACUUACAAUUAAUCAAAGAGUUAGACGCCGAUCACGUCACGACGAAUAAUGUUUCCGACAAUAUUGGGAUCAAGCGCGAGGCUGACGGUAGCGACAUCCUACGAACUCCAGUUGCGACAAGAACGAAUGGGGACUUGGCUACUCCUUCAACAAUCAGGAUGGACACAGGAAUGAAGGAGACGUCGCCUCCAUCGAGAUACUCGUCGCGACAAGCAAAGCCAAUAGAAAGAUACACGCCUGAAGAAGCUAAAACGCCCAGCAAGACUGCGGUUCGGAGCAAGGCGAGCCCCCUGCGAAACUCAAGCGAGGCCAGUGGACAGACUGCGGCGACCAGCGUCAAAAGCCGGAGGUCAUCGAGCAAUACCUCGGGAACUACCCAUCACAUCGCGGGCGGUGCUCUCCGGCACAACAUGGCACACGAGAAUCCGGCAAUACGACUCAAUAGUGUUGGUAGUGAUGCGGGAGGAGACAGUGAUAUGGAUGCGGAUGAGAAAUUUGCCCGUGAGCUCCAAGCGGCAGAGCUCGGACUGAGAAGAAGAGCAAGUAUGAGGGCUUAGUCGGCCCGACAGCGUUAGUGAUUACAGGGAAGCCAAGGGGCAAUGUAUUGAAUGUGAGCGUGUCAUGCUAUGGGGGCGUUUUUGGGACAAGAUCCCUAUGAUUUCUGCAGGGAGUUGAAUUCGCUAUUUUUGGACUUGAACAAGGAUCUUGAUAUUUGCUUCUUCCAGCAGACGAGAGAGCCAGAGUGGGACGUUUCCACUUGCGCUUCAGUCUUAUUGGGCAUGAUAGAGGCAACGGGAAAGUCACUCAAGCGGCAGGACGACGGAUUUGAAGGGGGCGCCAAACAAACGAAGCAUUGAUAUUGUAUAUAUACCCAAACAAUCGACUGCCCAUGCAAAAGGC